AUCGUCUACUUGGCACAUAGAUGCAUUUUUAAACAAUAUUUACUCGCUUAAUAAACAAUUUGUCCAAACAAUUAUUUAAAUACAAACUCUGGUGAUUUCAGUGAAAUCUAUAUAUUUAUUUAUAUAAAUAAAUAAAUGAAUAAGUAAAGUGACUUAAGAUGCUAAUAUAUAUAUUUUAAUACUUUUUAUACUUACGUUGAUAAAUUUAUUUACCAAUAAAAAUAAACAAAAAAAUUAAUAAAUGUGUCUGAAGUAUUCGCAUUGAAAAAGUUUUUUCAUUUAAAAACUAGUUUUAAUAAAACUAAAUUUUAAUUAAUUAUUAUUGUAUUUUUAAUCAAUUGGAGUUACGAUGACAGAAACCAAUGGUACAACAAACUCAAACAAUAAAAAUGGUAAUUUCAUUUGCGGAGUCGUCGAAGGUUUCUACGGCCGCCCCUGGACAACAGAGCAACGAAAAGAUCUCUUUCAAAAGAUGAAAAAAUGGGGAAUGGACUCGUACCUCUACGCGCCCAAGGACGACUACAAGCACCGGGCGUUUUGGCGCGACCUCUACACAGUAGAAGAAGCUGAGCACCUCACGGGCCUUAUAACCUCUGCGCGAGACUCAGGAAUAACUUUUUACUACGCGCUGUCCCCAGGUCUGGACAUCACUUACUCGAGUGUAAAAGAAGUGACCGCACUAAAGCGUAAACUGGAGCAAGUGUCCCAGUUCGGAUGCACAGCCUUCGCGCUUCUCUUCGACGACAUCGAGCCCGAGAUGUCCGAAGCCGACAAAGAAGUUUUCCAAUCCUUCGCUCACGCCCAGGUCUCCGUGACCAACGACAUCUUCCAGCACCUGGGCCAGCCGACGUUCCUUCUCUGCCCCACCCAAUACUGCGCGACCCGCGCAAUGCCCAACGUCCCCAGCUCCGAGUACCUCAACACCCUCGGCAGUAAACUGGCCCAGGAAAUCGACAUCAUGUGGACCGGACCCAAAGUCGUCUCCCGUCUCCUGACCCCCGAGUCCAUCGAAGAGAUAACGGAAGUCCUCCGUCGGCCACCGGUCAUCUGGGAUAACCUCCACGCCAACGACUACGACCAGAAGCGCGUUUUCCUCGGGCCCUACUCUGGUCGAUCUCCCGACCUGAUACCAAAAUUACGCGGGGUCCUGACGAACCCCAACUGCGAGUACGGCGCCAACUUCGUCGCCAUCCACACCCUGGCCCAAUGGAGCCGCUGUAACGUCGACGGGAAGCGCGACCUCAGUCUCAACGACACCGUCUCCGCGGACAUUAAACUAGAGACCGAGACCGAGGAUGGAGUAAUCGGGGAAGACGUUCCCAGUACUCUGUCCGCGAACAUGUACCACCCGCGUCACGCCCUGAAGGCCGCGAUCAAGGAUUGGCUCUGCGAAUUUUCAAAAAAAAAAGCCGCCUGGGGCGUAAUCGCGAAGCCUCAACCCGCAGUCGCGCCCACGAUCCCCAUCCCCAUCAUCCCCUCGGUCAAUACGUGCAUGAGUUUGACCGCCACCACUAACGCAGUGACCACAGUCAGCAGUGCGCCAAUGGCCACUGUUACCAACACCAACCACUUGGCAGCAUUGGCCGAGGUCUGCUCCAAUGUCACGACAGAUUUCGUUGGCCCAACGGGCCCGGUUAUGAAUUCUCUUGUCUCGGAAAAUAAAGUCGAGGCUGUUGAUACCGCGGCUGCUGGAGCCACGGCCACUGGAGCCACAGUAACUGGAAGCGGAGGGGGAAAUGGGACCGGGACUGGGACCGAGUCGCCCAGUGAAGUUACGGAGCCGAUGGACUGCAACACGACCCCCAGUAAUUCCCCGAGCCACGCGGUCAAGGACGACGAGGCCAUGGUGGAAAAUACGUCGACGUGCAGUGGGACCUCUGGGAGUAUGCAAGUAGAGGAGGUCAAUGGGACUCAGAUGAUUGUCGAGACAGAUGGCGCUGAAGCUGAUGGUAAUGAAGGGAAUGACAAUGAAAAGGACAAAGAUAAGGUCAUUGAUAAGGACAAAAUGCUGACCAUUGAAGACUUGAGUCUGCUCUGUGAUCUGUUUUAUCUACCGUUCGAACAUGGCGGCCAGGGAAUACAGAUUCUGCAGGAGUUCAAUUGGCUGAAGAGUAAUGCGCAUGUGGUGUUGAAAAAAAAAGAUGAGAGCUGCAAAGCUGAUUACGAAGAAUGGCUGGCGAGAGCGGGUAAAUUCAAUGAUAUGUGUGGCGCUGUUAAUCGGUUGUUUCAACGGAUGACUUAUUGUGAGAAUAGAGAAUUACUUUAUGAUCUGUAUUCUUAUAUUUGGGACAUGAGAGGAGUUAUAUCACUAUUAAAUUCGUAUGUUAAAUGGUUGGCAUUUGGGAAAUUUCCAUCAACGAUGACGACAUUUACUCAAGGCAGCUACACAUGGUUCUCAAAUGGAUGGAAAGAAACAUUUAUGAGUGGGGAUCAAGAGCCCUGGGUAUUUCGCGGUGGCCUGACUGCUGAUUUGCAGCGAUUAAUUCCAGUCGACAGCGGAAAUGACUUAUUUGUAUACAAAGCACCGGAAGUACCGACAAGUACCAUUUAUACAAUAAGACCAUACUUACCUGCAGACGAAGACGCUGUUUAUGCUCUAUGCAAUCGUAUUACUGGAGUUACUGGAACUUCGGCAGUUGCUGACAGAUUAGUCGGUGGAUUUUUAACAAUAAGCCCAGAGUUUUGUAUGGUCGUCGAAGAUGAUAGUGGUCUAGUAGGCUACGCGCUGGUGGCACUGAAUGUCAAGACGUUCAAUCAGAAAUUAUCAGUCUCGUGGAUCCCGGAAUUGAAAACAAAAUAUCCAUUGGAAGAUAUUACUAAUGAUCUUCCUGAAAGUGUUCAGGAAGCGAUUCGAUAUUUUCAUUCAUUUUCCUCGGAUGUUUCGGAACAAUUGGCUCAGCAGUUUCCAUCUCCAUUGAUUUGUUCCUUGCUACCGUCAGUUACUGAUCAAUCUAUUGCUAAAAGACUGAUUACUUGUGUGCUGGCUGCUUUGAGGGCUAAUGGAUCAUUUGGUAUCCAUACAACAAUAAGUUCAAUGGACAAGGAAUCCCAUGAGUUCUAUGGCAAGCUAGGGUUCGUUGACUACAACCAAGGCCAGGAGGAAGUACCCGGUGUCAUCACCAUGUCUCGGAGCUUCUAACACAAGGCCAACUCCUCGGUUAUAUUUAUAAACAAAGUUUGUUUGCUUAACUCACUGCCCCAUAGCAACCAACCUCAUCAAACUAAUCCCUGAGUAAUCGACCCUCCAUUAUUUUCCAAGCUAUUUUUUACAUGAAAAUUCAUUUUCCGCAAUCAUUUUUUUUUUUUUUAUUAAAGUAACAAUAGUGUUAAGCACUAGAGUAAAAUAAUAAUUAUUAUCAACCGAAAUAAAAAUCAAUCAUGGAUAAUAAUGCACAAAUUUAUAAUAAUUAAUUAUAAAUUAAAUAUCAAUGUA